GCUACUCACGCGCUUCAGCCGCUUGAUGUAGCGUGCUUUAGGUCGUUGGCGCAUCACUACUCUGAAGAGCUCCUUCAUCGCGGCCACACUACUGAGGGGUGGGCGCCUGUAGCUCAGAGCGACUUCUUCCCACUCUUCUGGGCAGCGUGGAAGAAGACCUUCACUAAAGACCUCAUAAAAGAGGCCUUUAGGUGCACUGGGAUCCACCCACCGGAUGCCGAUAUG